UCUCCUCCCCCCCCCCCCCGCAGCGACCGCCACUGCGUUCUUCCUUCUCCCGCAAGCUCUCUCUCUUUCUCUCUCUCUCUCUCCAUCGCCAUCGGGAUCUCAAAGGAGCGAGCUCUCUCGCAGCUGUUCCAGCUCCUUGCUUCCUCCUCUCGCCUUGGCAUCUUCCCUCCCCCUCCUUCCUCAGAUCUCGCGGCGCCGCGUCUCCGUCGAUCCUCCGCAAUCGCGUCGUCCUUUUACUCUGGAGUACCGUGCGGGGCACUGGUGUGAGCUUUCGGUUUCGGCUCUCGAACUCCCCCUUACCCCGCUCAAUUGGGGGGGGCCGCGCGCGCGCGUGUCUUGGCGACGGAGGAUGCGAUGUCGUCGGUGAGGAGAAGAGAGUGACGAUGGGUCGCGCUUGCAUGGAUCUCGGGGCAUGGGACUGCUAGGGUCGCGGGGCGUGUCGGUGGGAUUUCCGUGGGGGGCUUCGGUGGGCGUUGUUCGGGCAUGGACUCGUACAAGGGGAUGUCUUCGGACAACAUCAAGGGGCUGGUGUUGGCCCUGUCGUCCAGCUUCUUCAUCGGCGCCAGCUUCAUCGUCAAGAAGAAGGGCUUGAAGAAAGCCGGGGCUUCGGGCGUUAGGGCAGGUGUUGGAGGUUAUUCUUAUCUGUAUGAGCCUCUUUGGUGGGUCGGCAUGAUUACAAUGGUUGUGGGAGAAAUUGCGAAUUUUGCAGCUUAUGCAUUUGCGCCGGCAAUCUUGGUUACUCCUCUUGGUGCACUGAGUAUUAUAAUUAGUGCUGCACUUGCACAUAUUAUAUUAAGAGAAAAGCUACAUAUCUUUGGGGUUCUUGGUUGUAUACUAUGCGUUGUUGGAUCAACAACGAUUGUACUUCAUGCUCCUCCAGAGCGGGAAAUUGAGUCUGUCAAGGAAGUGUGGGAUCUUGCUACAGAGCCAGCCUUUCUACUGUAUGCGGCUUUGGUAAUAGCAGCAGUCUUCACGCUCGUUGUCCAUUUUGUACCGCAGUAUGGACAAACACAUGUGAUGGUCUAUAUUGGUGUGUGUUCACUUGUGGGGUCGCUAUCAGUCAUGAGCGUUAAAGCACUUGGAAUAGCUUUGAAGUUAACAUUCUCAGGGAUGAAUCAGUUAAUAUAUCCUCAAACAUGGGCCUUCAUCAUGGUUGUGGGUACCUGUGUGAUCACUCAAAUGAACUAUCUGAACAAGGCUCUUGAUACAUUCAAUACUGCUGUUGUAUCACCAAUAUACUAUGUGAUGUUUACGUCACUAACUAUUUUGGCUAGCGUAAUUAUGUUUAAGGACUGGGACCGGCAAAAUCCAACUCAGAUAGUGACUGAGAUGUGUGGUUUUGUGACAAUCCUUGGUGGUACAUUUCUUCUCCACAGAACAAAGGACAUGGUGGAUGGCUCACCAUCUUUAUCCUCACGGCAUUCUAAGCUCUCGGAAGAGGAUAAUUUUGACCUAGAAGGUAUUCCACUACGCUCAGCUGAGUCCUUAAGAUCCUCAUAGAUGCUAUCUGUUUCCCCUGUAGUUGAACACGUUUUGCGUAAGAAUAUUAGGCCGCGUCACAUUUUUGGAUGAUCCUCCAUUUGAUCCCAAUGAUGGCCUAGAAAGAAGAAAUUCUUUGUCAAGGGUCCAGUCAAUACGAUGAAGUUUCGCAUGGCAGCAGUCAUGAUCCUCAAAAAGCUUCCACAUGAUGCUGUUCCUGGAACGUCUUUCGCAUUGUAAUAGGAAGUACAGAGUUCUUGUAUACUUGUAUUUCCAGCUCAAAUUUGCAGAGAAAAUGGAAUUGUCUUGAUUGGAAUUUAUCAACUAGAAAUUUCUUUGGGUCGGACUGUCAGAUGACAGGAGUACUGUCUAUAUUGAUGAGCCUUUUUGAGGAAA